AUGCCUUCCUCAAAAACAGACACCGCGGUGCGCUACCCCGAAAGCGACGACCAGAAACGCCGCCUGCGCAACGUCACCCAGGACCAGAAAGCCGUGUCGCAGAUGCAGGCCGAGGCCGGCUCUGGCAAGCAGAAGGCCGACAACAGCACUAGCUGGGCUCCGGGCCAGCUGCUGGGCACACACAUGGAUGAUGCCGGCAACCCCGUACCGGACCCAGCGUCGUUUGGCGAUGGAGCCAAGGCGAAGAAGAACAAGGAGGAUCAGGAUGCGGACCUGUACGAGGCCAUGACGGCAGACUUUGACUAG